AUGUCAGAGAUUGAGGACGUGUUGAAAGGGUUGGGUGGAGUACUUGGUCAGUCAAGCAAGGGAAAAGGUGGGUCAGCAUUCAAAGUGUCGGGGGGAACAAAUCAAGGAGGUGCAAAACAGGUUAGGGGUACUUUGUUGGUCAAGUUGAAGGAGAAUGGAAUGGGGUCUAUGUUUGAUGUGUGGAGAGAGCCAGGGUGGGCUGGUGGUUGGGCCAAAAGUGGCUGCAAGACAAAUGCUGCUUGGCCAGAUGGUGUGGCCAAGUCGUCUCCCUCUUUCUGGUUCUCAAUAGGCUCUGUACCUGGAGUUGUGUGUGGCUAUGGUGGUGUUCAAAAAGUGGUCAAGAAUGAGCUGCCACUAUAUAUCAAGUCACCCGUACCAUUUUUGUCAUUCAAGGAUGGGAUAAUAAAAGUAGCACAUGCACAAAAAUUCACUCAGAAUUGGUGGUUGUGUGUUUUUGUCCAAAAGCCAUUUUUUGAGGAGUAUGGAGAAGAGUGCUUCCCUGUGGAUGAGACCACAUUCACUUAUGCGGUACUUGAAGACAAAGAAUGUGCCAUCUUGUUUUCUUGA